AUGAUUGUUAAUUUUAACAACAAAAUUGAUGAUAAUCAUUUUAAUCUUUCAUCUUCUUCAGUUUUAAGAAGAUUAGACAGAGAUGAACAUUCAUUGCUCAAUCAUUUAUUGUCAAUUGCUCAUGACUCUGAGUUUGUCGACAAAGUAGCAAACAUUUAUCAAAAGUAUGCAUUGUUGGGAAACUUAAGAUGUGGUAAAUGGUAUAAUAAAUCAUAUGAUGGAUAUUGCUAUUUCAAGUCGACCGAAGGUCACUAUGGACAAUGGAAUUUCAGUUUAACGAGAACCAAUCUAUCUGUAAUUGAUUUCAUACUCAAUGCACCUAGAGGAGAGAGAGGUGUUGUCAUUGUCGACUCUACUAGAAGAGGCAAGAAGUUUCCAGAUAGUUUCUCAAGGACAAUACCCAUUUGGUGUUGUGUGAUCAAUAGGACAUUAUACAAUUUAAAGAUAAAGAAAGAUCUUUUAACAAUAACAACUUCUACAACAACUUCUACUUCUACUUCUACUACUACAACUAAUAUUUUGAAUCAAGAAGAUUGGGAGACAUUCUCUCAUCCAAUGUGGUUAUCAAAUUCAGAGGUUGACCAAAUGACUUGUAUUGUCAAUGAAUAUUCACAAAAACUAUUAUUGUACAGUCAUAUCCUAAACUUGGAAUCAUAUGCAACAAAAUUAGAUAAACCAAUCAAACCAUUAUUCAUCAAUGUCGAUACAAUUUGGAUAGACAAUAUGAAUGAAUCACCGACCACCUUUUAUCCAAUCUAUUUGUUAUCGGCAUCGGAUUAUAGAGACAAUAAUAGACCUUUUAGAGCAUAUAUACAAGGUGCAGGUGACGAUGAAGAAAAUUGGAGCAAUAAGCUCUCGGCACAAUUAUUUUGGACACACAAACAGGAUAUCCUAGGUCAACCAAUUGAUAAUGUCGAUAGAUAUUGUCAAGAAUUGGUUAAAAAUAAUAGUAGUAUGGACAAAACAAUUUUAUUUGUUACUGGGUCUCAAGACAAUCCAACAAUCAUCAACAUACCAAAUACUUUGAUAUCAAUUUCAAAUUCCAAAACUUUAAAUAGUGAUGAUUUAUUUAAUAAUUAUGGUUUAAUGAUAAAUUGCUCGUCUAUUGAAUACCAAAUGCCAAUACAAAUAGAGGAAAUGAAACAAAGAGGAUUAAAAUUUUUAAGCAUUCAACUAAAAGAAGGCAAAAAAUCAAAAGAUGGUUUACACGCCAAACUGCAAGAGGCUGAAUCAGAGAUUUUAAAUACUCUUAGUCAAGAUAGAAAAAUUCUGAUUCAUUCUUUAUCUGGCAAUGGAGAUUUACCAAAUUGUAUGGUAAUACUUUUAGUAGUUUUAGCAAAGUAUUUCAAGAUAUUAAAAGUUGAAGGUGAAGAAGGAGAACAAGUAUUCAUCAAAAUGAACGAUAAACUACAACAAAACAAAAACAUCACCAAAUUCGAUAUUUCAAAUCUCUAUUUAUUUAUUGAUAAAUAUUGUCCACAAUGUCUUCCACCUCGUACAAUCAGGAAUAAUAUUAAUAGUUAUUUAAUGAAAUAA